GCGUGUUUGUGUAAAGUUAUCUGUCAUGCUUGGGAUGUCACCAGGCCUGUUUUACUCUUCACCCUAUCUGAUAUCAAGCCAUGUUUCUAAAAUCGCCUGCCUCUUUAAUUAUUCUUUAGUAUCUUAUUUUUAUUAAAUGUACUGGAUCUAAAAUAAUUAAUUGUUUCAUGUACAUUUUUCAAAUCAUAUUUUGUGCUGCUUUCUUUCCAUAGCCUAUGUGUCAGGCAGCUUAUGACGAUGACAUCCACAAGUUGCAAAAACUGAUCUCGGCUGAUACCAGAAAUGUAAAUGUUCAAGAUGAAGGAACAGGAGACACACCGAUCAUAGCCGCCUGUAGACAAGGAAACCUCAGGACUGUCAAAUACCUUCUAGAUUGCAAUGCAAAUGUGUCUAUUAGAAAUAAGAAAGAAAGGACUUGUUUGCACUACGCUACAAGAAGAACAUUUUCUUUCCUGGACUACCUGAUGAUUGCCAUUUUAAUGCCUAUCUUGUUAAUUGGUUAUCUUAUAAUGGAAGAGAAACAAAGAAAAAGUGUGAAAUUGAUGGAGCUUCUGUUGGCCACUAAGGUAGAAGUAAAUGCUGUAGACUAUAAGGGGAACACUGGACUUCACUAUGCGUGCCAAAGAAAAAGUCAAAGGAUCGUUCCAUUGUUAUUGGAGAAAGAUGCAGAUGUUUCAGUACAGAAUAAAGUAGAAUCAUCAAACCCCGCUAGAUAUUGCAAAGAGACUACAAUUUCACAAAAUUGUUACAAUUUUAACAAAAUCAAUGUGAGUAUUAGAGGACAUGAGUGUGUGGUCCUUUACAAUUCACCAUCUGAAUUUUAGAUGAGUUUUCACCAAUUGUCACAAUGUUUUACACUUUUUGCACCACACAUUGUUACACUUAAUGUUAU